AUGGCAUACAAAGCUGGCGGACAGAAGGUUCAGAAAGUUAUGGUGCAGCCAAUUAAUUUAAUCUUCAGGUACCUACAGAAUAGGUCACGAGUUCAAGUGUGGUUGUAUGAACAGAUUAAUUUGCGUAUUGAGGGAUGCAUUGUGGGAUUUGACGAGUACAUGAACCUGGUGCUGGAUGAUGCCGAGGAGGUCCACAUGAAAACACAGAGCAGGAAGAGAUUAGGUAGGAUAAUGCUCAAGGGUGAUAACAUCACAUUGAUCCAGCAAGUACAACAGUGA